UAUUUUUUCAACAGCAUACUUUUAAUUAUUUAUUUAACUAAUUAUAAAACUAAUCAUGACGUCAUUGGAUGAUCCAAGAGAGUCUCUCAUGUGGGAGAAAGAUCUAAUUGUGACAUCAGAGGAACUUACAAGUUAUGCGGCCAACUAUCCACCAAUGGGAGUGUACAUUCCAAGAGGAAGAGUCAAAGUUCCCCAUGUCAGAUCUCGUCGAACUCAGCAGAUAUCUCAGUCAGCACGUGGAAAACCGAACUCACCGAAUCUUUUGAUGAUUCGACCGAAUUCCCAAACAACUUCAAACACUUUGCCUCCAAUCGACGUCUACGCAAAUCGUCUUUAUGACGUCACUACCACUUGUCAUCAACCAACUACGUCAUCGAGAAAGAACCAAGAACUUAAUAACAACAAACCAGGAAUUAAACCAAACGUAAUGAAAGGAAAGGCAUUCGAUGCAAUGACGUCACAAUUAUUUUACCCAAAUAAUGACGUCACGAACCCAAUGCUUGAUUAUGCAAAAUCGUUUAUGACGAACAAUAGGAGUUUUCCGGGACAAUCAACGGAGCCUGUAUUGCCUCCCCCGUACAUUAAUUCCAGGCUUGACUGUGUUAAUGGAUUUACAAGCAGGCAGCAUACCACUGAUAUGACGUCAUUGAUGACACAAGAUAUGGGACUUCCCCUUGGACAUCAAUAUUAUCAGCAUCUAUCAGCCAUUGCAGCUAUGGCGUGGUCUGAUUGUAACCAAGCGACUGAAAAACUCCGAAGACUUUAUGAAGAAACCGCUCACCUUAGUCGAAAAUACGAUCCGUUUGGCUUAUUCCCCGGGGGAAUCCCCGGUUAUCACCCGCAUUUAAUACCUGCCUCUCCUGCACCAGGAAACACUGCCUCCACGAUGACAUCUAAAGAUCCGAGAGCGGAAUUACUUCGAUACCAACGUCUCUCGAGGGAUCAGGUCAAUCAAACUCAAAAUAAAUAUGCAAAUCUUGCGACUACUUUUCAAAAUACACAUUGUGACGUUAAAAUGACUAAAAAUUCUUGCAAUAUGACGUCACAAAGUCCAUUGCCUGGAAUCGCAUUGUUUUAAUUCACAACCAACAAUACAACAGUACCAAACCGUGCCUUGUGAAGUAACAAACCAAAGAAAUAAUCCAAGCCAAAAUGAUUUUUACGCGCCAAAACCAAAUAGCGUUGGGCAGAAACGUAAAUUCCGCGACCAGCAGGAUCUGAUGGUUAAACUGGAGUCAUCCACAGAUCAGAAAUAUAGAGCGAAACUUCCCCGCAUUGACUCGGCUUAUUUUCCUAAACCAGAUAAUCAGAUGACGUCACAUAUGACGUCAUUGUUUCCAGACUCUUUGAUUUACAAUCCCAGUGCCCAACCCCCACCUUAUGAGAGUAUAUUGCAGAAUGGAUCUAUACCAGACUUUCUAAAGAGAACGGUGAAAACAGAAAAUUUUUCAACAAUUAAUUUUUCUGACAUAAUGCGUCAUGAAAGUAGUGAUGGCGUAACUAAUACGUCAUCAAACAUGGCUGACAAAUUUUGUCUUCCAUCUGUUUCUUGCAGCCCGAGUCAGUCUUAUGUAAAUUUACCUUUCGUUUUACAAUAGUGGUAUGGCGUCACUUAUUACCCUUACUGUCUUUUGCUGUUCCACUGUGAAACCUCUUUUACAUUUAUCAUAUGUUUGUUUUUUAUUGUUUACUCGUACCUAGUAAUUAUGACAUCACAAAAAUAGUUGUGAUGUCACAAUCCCGUACUAAUUUUGUCACCAUUGUGAAAUUACCUCAUGACCUUGAACUUAUAUUUCUCAAGGUUAUAUCAUACUACAGUCAUUAUUUCUUCAUGAUCGUAUUAGUUUUUACUGUAUAAUUACUUACAUAUGCGUUAUACAUAUAUACUUUCGUGGGAACCGCAGAGUUUUUGAAGUUCUGAAUGCUUUCACCGUUGCGAUUAAAUUAGAUUUUCUCCUAACCCGUUUAUGGUGAAACCGCUUUAAUUAGCUGAGUUUCAUUUGGUUUAGGGCUUCGGGUAACUAGUCAGUUGCAAUGGUCAAACACCCAAACCAUUAUUACCUAAUUAGACCACGCCUCUUGCUGGCAUCCAUUUAUAUUACUUGGAACGAACACAAUUUGGGUCUAUGAAGUCACUCAAAACCUGAAAUAAUUUAGUAUUUGUCUUUAUAAUGAUUAUUACAUGGCUUAAUGAGACCCUAUUUUUCUGUAAUACUUCGUUUAACAAGAGAAGGCAAAUAAAUUUGGAAAAAUAUUAAAGUUACCCCACCGCGUCCGAUAUCCCCUUCACAAUAUCUUUGAUUGGGCUUUGAUAAAGAAGCUAGUUACAGGGCCGGGACUUUUGGGAUUUUUGAAGGAUUGUGAUCUUUUUGUUUGAGCAUAUUUGUUACAACCUGGGUGAGAUGUAGAGGUUUUAUACUUAAUAUUAACGAAAUGUAUACUGGUCUCGAAUAUCAGGAUGCCCACACAAAGUAUUAUUCUCUCGCACUACCGCAGAAAUAAAGGAGAUUGAUCACUGAGCAAAACAUGGCGGGCACUGAAACUAAAAAAUAUAACGGUUGAAAUAAGACCAAAAACAGUAGAAUUUGAUAAGACCAGAAAAACAGCGGUGAAGUAGUUCAUCUCGCAUCAUUAUUUUCCAAUUUGUUUUGAAUAUUUUCAACUGAUUUAUUUUGAAGCUAAAUUAUUUUAUUGACAAUUUUAUGUAACUGCACCAUAAUUUCAUCGUGAAUGUGGAAAUUUUCCAGGGGUCGGAGCAAAAUUUCAUUCCAUACACAGACUAACCCUUUAAAAUAUCAAAUCCGAUACCACUCCGGUUUGACAAAAUUUUUGACUCCAGUAACCGGAAAAAACAAUUCUGAGCUAAAUCAUUUUUAUGACGAUUUUAUGCAACUGCACGAUAAUUUUCAUGGAAAUUUUCUGUGGGCCGGACUAAAAUGUCAUCGUAAACUCAGAGACUUGAAGGAAGCAACUCCGAUCCUAUUCCGGGUUGACAAAAUUGUCGACUCCAACUCCCAAAUCUGGAAAAACAAAUUUUUGCUAUUUCCGACUCUUGAUAACUUGGAAAUAUGAUCCCCACUCCAAUAUAAAAAUGCCCAACUCCGACUCCAUGGCUCUUAUUCUAACUAACUAAACCCGACAACCAUGUUUAGUCCAAUAACAGACACCGGUGUGGUAUGUGUUCUACAGAAACUUACACCUAGACUAAGCCGGUGUUUCACAAUCUGUAGGUCAUGACCUAAAACUUGGUCGCCUGAAACUUUUCUGAGUCCCUUGUUUUUUAUAAACAAACCUAAAAGUUACUCCUUUUGAUUUCUAGUGAAUUUUAUUGUUUAUUACUUAUCGAUUUUAAUCGGUAAGUAUGUUGAUAGGUAUUUGCCUGUCUGUCUGUAUGUAUGUAUGUCUGUUAGAUGCACGCGAUAUCUCACGAAAGCGAGAUUGAAUCCGCUCCAGAUUGUGCAUGUGCAUUCAUCUCAUCUCGGACCUGAAGCCUAUUGAGUUUGGGCGAAUUAUGUCGUAUAAUUAGCGAGUUAUUAAUUAAUUAGUGAUGGGACACAAGGUGUCACUACGGAGUAAGAGCGCUGUUUUCGGGGAUCCCCUAGCUUUCGGUCUUCGGUCUCUGACCGAUAUUCUCGUUUUAUAUUCGGUAUGAAGUGUUGCUCAAUAAUAAUUGGAUACGUGGGAAGUUUUGCAGCGUGAAAACUUUGAGCUCGUAAUUUUUGCCUAAGUAAAACCACGCCACGAUUUCAAAAUCUCGCUGAGAGCAAACUAGCACAGCUCUCGCACUUUGUUUUAUAUUACUAAUUCAAUUUUGCGGUCAUAAAAGUACUACAUGCCAUUUGGUAUUUGAGCACAUCCUUGCGUUACGAAAUUUUAGAAAAUUGAUUUUUCCGGAAAUUUGGGUUGCUUGAAAAAAAGUUUGAACCAACUGGACUAAGUAAGGGGCUUCAAGUCUAAAGGGCGAAUGUUGAAAUUCCGAGAAAAGUUAUUUUGAAAAUAUUACAAAGAAAUAAUUUGAGCUGGUAUCUAAUCAAUUAUAUUUUCGAGCAAUAUUUAAGUAUAUCGAUAUAAAUUACAUGAGUCCAAAUCAGAAAUAUACGUUUUCCACAUAUUUUCUAAAGACCGCUUUUGAAAGAUUCACGACUUUUAUUAAGCCCUCGAUAUGUUUCGUUCGGUUCAUGUUUAAGCUAAACCGAGGUCGAGUAAAAAUAAUAAAAAUCUAUUUCGUGGAAUCGUAGUUUGAUGAUGAUUAGCGUUUAUAUGACAGCUAGAUUAAAAGCACCAUCUGACAUGUGCAUGUAGACCAAUGGUUUUCAAACUUCAUUGUCUUGUGGCUGAUUUUUAUUGAAAAAAGAAACCUUAGACCCAUAGAUAUUUCGAGUAUCAUAAAAUUAUCAAUGAAUAUGUCGAUGAAACUAAUUCUUUAUGUCUAUUUAUCAGUUUGUCAAGUUGAACUUCCCAACCUUGGUUCAUCCUCGAUCGUAAAUCUCUUCUCUUUUCAAUUUGUAAUUGAUGACGUUUUUUUCGGACCUACUGUAUACCAAUGAAAACUCCAGGCCAAUUUCGAAGAUCCUCAUUGAGACCACACUGAGAAACACUGAUGUAUGUCGAAUACCAUACCGGCACCCAAUAAUAUUUUUGUCUGAUAUUAUCUUCUCAUAAUCUGUGCAAUUUAUUAUCAAAAUAUACGUGUGCAAUAAUUAUCCAA